UCUCCCCCUUCUUUCUCCAUCCAUUUUCAUCCCCCACAAAUCCAAGAAAAUGUUAUCUGCUGCCUCUUCUCCUCUUACUCUCCCCUCUCUUCCACCCCUUUCUUCCUCUCCCCGUGACUUUACACGUGUCAGAUUCCGACCUCCACAGGCCUUCUCCUCCACCGCCACUGCUUCUUCCACCGCCUACGCCUCCAGACCCGACACCGCCUCCCCCUAUCUCAACCUUCAAACAAUGUCUUCCUGCACUUCCCUUUACGACGUCCUUGGAAUCCCUACUGGAGCUUCUUUUCAGGAGAUUAAAUCCGCAUACCGACGACUUGCCAGACUUUGUCACCCUGACGUUGCGGCCAUCCACAGGAAAGACUCAUCUGCCACCGAUUUCAUGAAGAUCCACGCCGCUUAUUCCACUCUCUCUGAUCCUGAGAAACGUGCUGAUUACGAUCGGAAGCUUCUUCGUCGGUGUCGGCCUGUGGCUUCAGCGCGGAUGGCUUCUGGUUUCACUGGAUACACUCGCCGGAAUUGGGAGACAGAUCAGUGCUGGUGACGAGUUGACUCACUGAGUGAUUGAAGUCGAAACUGAAACGAUUGGAGUUUGUGAAAAGCUUGAAGCAAAUUAAUGAUGACCGAAAUUGUAGGCGACAUAUCAUAGAGCGCCCGAAUCAGAAUCGGAAUCGGAAUCACUGCUUUGAUUUGUAAAUAUAAUGAAAUAAUCAAACGGCGCGAGUGGUUUGAGAGAGAUGAAAAUCUAUGGAGGACGGAGGAAUCGAAGCUUUUCUGCAACUAACCGGAACUGAACUAGCGGCCAUUCUCUUGAUUAUCUCGACAAGGACGGAGAUUUGCUUUCAGAUCUUCAGGAAGAAAAUUUUAGUUUCCGAAAAUCAAAAUCACCAAGUCAAAAUCAAACAGAGGAAAAUUGAUGUAUCUUUUCCUAGUUUUCCUUUGGGUAUCUGUUUUUCUUGGCUAUGUACAGUUUCGAUUUCAACGAAAUAACUCAAAACACUGUUCAGUUCUUCA